ACUCAAACAGUCUUUUCUCCAUCCACUCAAGCAAAGAAUAGCUACAUCAGCUUACUUGCAUCUUUCCCAUUUUCUCAGACUCUUACUCUUACUCUCACUCACUCACUCGCCCACUCACACUUUUACUUCUCUCAACAACUUUUCUCUCUUUCUCUCUCUCGUACACAUAACCAACCAUGAAGUUCCAGACCACACUCCUUUUCUCUAUUGCAGCUUCCAUUGCCACAGUUCAGGCACUCCCAAUCCAACAUGAGGCACAGUAUGCAGGUGGAAGUCGUUAUCGUCCCGUGAUGAACAUCGAGCAAGAAGCUGCUGAGCCAGAGGCCCAGUACGCUGGUGGUAGCCGCUACCGUCCAGUGAUGAACAUUGAGCAGGAGGCACAGUUCGUCGGUGGCAGCCGUUAUCGCCCAGUGAUGAACAUCGAGCAAGAAGCUGCUGAGCCAGAGGCCCAGUACGCUGGUGGUAGUCGCUAUCGCCCAGUGAUGAACAUUGAACAAGAGGCUUCUGAGGCUGAGGCUUCUGAGGCUGAGGCCCAGUACGCCGGUGGCAGUCGUUAUCGCCCUGUGAUGAACAUUGAACAAGAGGCUCAGUACGCUGGUGGUAGCCGCUACCGUCCAGUCAUGAACAUUGAGCAAGAAGCUUCUGAGGCUGAGGCACAAUAUGCGGGUGGCAGCCGCUAUCGUCCAGUCAUGAACAUUGAGGAGGACGCAUAAGCAAUCUUCAAGCCUAAGGGCCUUAAGCCGAACAUGAAUAUGUUUGUAUAGCCACUUUUAUCUAUCUAUCUUUUUUUUCUUUUCUUUUAAUUUUCAGUAAUAUCUUGUUGGUGCAGGCUUCAUCACCUAUUGAGGACCCAUGGGAUCCUAUGAGAAGCAGGACCUUCUCGAACUCCCAUCUAUACCCACAAUACCCACAAUACCCACAAUACUCACAAUACCCACAAUCCCGCAAUCCCCCAAUAUCUUCUUGUUUAUAAUUGCACAUAACAUGUUAUAUAUAAUUAUCUAUUAUUUAAUAAAAG